AGCAAACACAGCCUCGGAUGGUGGGGAUCCCACGUUCAACAGGAGGUUUUUUUCUUCAUGCAAGAACGUCUCGAUGCUAGAGCAGCCGGACUCGAAAAUCGGGGACGGGACCAGGUUCCGGAGACAAAUGUCACCCUGUUUUGCAAGCUACACCCAGCCAAACACCCACCAAGCCGCGGUCCAAGCACAAGCUAACGAGGUACCUGGACCACGGAUUUCUGCCCUGUCGUCCAAUCUUGCGCUCAAUUCAGUCAUUCGCUAUCACCAAGGCUCCUCUGCCAUAGUAGUUCGAGGAGGGUGAAAACAGGUUUCAAUGGGUCCAACCCCUCUCUCCAGGGCGAGCAUUCCCCUGCUUGACGCCAAGUGCCGGAAAUGUGGUUUGGGACGAGACUGCUCAAGCGUGCAUGGUAGGAUGGAGAUAUCAAAUUCUUGCCGGGGCCUGGGUUGCGCGGGUUGGCUCCGUGGCAAGUUGGAGCUGGUUCAAGAAAACGCCAAACGCCCUCUUUGUGUUCCUCUCGGAAAGUCUUUCUUUUUCCUCCUUUUUUCUGAAAACGUCCACUCACAUGGCGGCGAGUUGAGACAUUCGCGUGCCAUCCGAACAAGGAAGGUUUUGCUCUCGCUACUAGUGAAAAAAGUAUUGUCCUCCUUUGAUUAAGCGACAUUCUUAUUUUUGCGCCACAGAGCAGUCUUUCACUAAGCCAUGGCGCCUGGCUAUGACGUCGGUCAUGACGGUCCGCCUUACUCUCGCACCGGGAAUGGAAACGCUGCAAAGUCAGUUCCCACAGGGCCGAUCGACGACGAGCUCUUUACGCGGGUCCUGCCACGGGUAGACACCACUGCCAUCGAGACGGCGCGCAUUGCCAUUGGCCAAGAGUCUGAAGACAGCGAUGAAGAACAUUCACGACCUCAGUUCCGGCGGUCUCUUUCGGAGUCUAGUCUGAUGCUAGGAGGAACCGGAAAGGACUCCGAUGGACCACGGGAUACGGCCUUAGGAAGACAAGAAAGAAAUGGGAUGACGGGGGCAAAUGGAAAAUCUCAUUCAGCGAGAGACAGCACAGAACUCAGUCGCCCUUCCCGUCCUCUAUCUCGGACAGACAUCGUAUCCCGGGAUUACUCACCACCACGGCGGCUUUACACAAAGUCUGACAGGGACACAGUAGCUGUGCCUCCACGCCAGUCUUCUCGUCCCGAUCGAGCUAGCAUUGAUAGCCCCGAACGAGUGCUCAAGCGACACGAUUACAACACGCCGCAGCGACCCCCGCGCGCCGAGGAGAUCGAGGCCGCAAAGAGACUCUUGGCACAAGUCGCAGAAGAAGAGGAACUCUCCCACCAGAGCAUGGUGCGAUCCUCCAGCGCUGUCCGAUCAGCAACACCUCCCCCGAUAGGAGGCCGACGACCACACAGGAUCAUCUACGACGACUCUGAGGAGGAAGAGGACCAGCACCAAGACCCCGUCGACGAGGAAGAAGACCACGCAUACCAUGACUACCGCAAUGAGACGCGCCAUGGGCACCGAAGCAUAGCAACGACCCCCGUCACUGCCAUCCACGUACCUACGGAAGAUUCCCGACCGCCGCCGGCGCAAAGUCGCCAGACUCGCGGCCGACCGACCACCUCGAGAGCCUCGUCGCGUCAAUCAUCGCAGCCGCCUCCCCGAUCUCGAGCAGCCGAAGCCCUCGCCGCACACAAGAGAGAGCUCAGGACGCCGGUGCUUGAUCAUCAUCGCUUGUACCUGGACGCCGAACCUCCACCAAUCAGCCAGAGACGCCCGCAUCAGACAUCGCGCGCCGCUCGAAGGCAGACGUACAAUAAGCAGCAGCACUCCGACAUGGAAGAGGAGGCACUAGACUACAGCGUGAAGAAUGGCCUCGGGGGCUCGACCCUGACGUCAGAUUAUCGACCGCCAACGGCGGCACGAAGGGCAAUGAGCGAUGAUUCUAUUUCGGUUUCGAGACAGUCAAUCUCGAAGCAAAGUAUCACAAGCAACGGAUCGUCGAACCGUACUGUUGAUUUCUUCGGACCUGGUAUUUUCCAGGUCGUCUUGCAUAAUCCGACGACUGUGCACCAACUGCUGAAGUUUAGCGAAGCUCGAUUCUGCAGCGAAAGUGUCGAAUUUCUCAAAAAGGUCGAGCAAUACCAAACAGUUCUCAAUGACUUAGCAGGGAUUAUGACGAGCAUACACAAGGACUUCCUUGCCGACGACUCGUCAAAGCAGAUCAAUGUCAAUGGGGAACUAAGAAAGUCCGUCCAUGGCGACAUGAAGUCGUUGGUUACGAAGACGCUUCCGUCCAUGGAAACACUGUUUACGGAUCUUCAAGAGAGCGUUGAACAGGAUGUCUUCCUAGAUAUCUAUCCUCGAUUUGUGCGCUACCAGAUGGCACUGAGCGCAACGAGAGCCUUGGCUACCAACCGACAUAGCUAUCAAGGACUCGGUGAUUGUUUUUGCUUGACGAAUCCUGGUCUUGCAGAUAACCCAAUUGUCUUUGCUUCAGAUGGAUUCAUUAAAGUCACUGGCUAUACUAGACCCGAAAUCAUUCCGCGAAACUGUAGAUUCCUCCAGGGUGCGCACACCGAUCGCGUUCCCGUCCGACGAUUAAAGAACGCGAUCGACGAGCGAAAGGAGUCAGUUGAACUCAUCCUGAACUACAAGAAGAACGGAGAUCCUUUCUGGAACUUGCUCUAUGUCGCUCCCCUAUACAACGAAGCCGGGAAACUAGCCUUCUUCAUCGGCGGCCAGAUCAAUUGCUCAACGACAAUUCAUAGCAAUGCGGAUGUGAUGAGAGUUCUGUCGACAUCUACCAAUGAUGACGUUCAAACCCAGGAUACCAAGGUGCCGCCGGCACCAUUGCAUCGCGCAGGUUCUCAACCUUCGGCUCGAAAAGCAUUCCUGAAAGCCCUCGGGAUGAAGGUCAGCGAUGACCAUGUGCCCAACGGGAUCGCCGCCGAUCCGGGCAUGGAGAGCAAGUUGUUGCACAAGCUAGAAGGACGCGACUUGAGCGCACAGAUGAAGGAGUUUUACACUGCCUAUUCGAAGUACCUAAUUGUCAGCUACGACUCCUUCAUAAUCAAAUUCUACUCUGAAGGUGUCCUGGAGAUGCUGCACCCGGCGAACAACACCGUCGGCCUGGUCGCGGGCCAGGAGGUCUUCCGAUUCCUCAAGCAGAACAUGGUCAACCACCAGUCCGACUACAAGACGCGCGUACGGAACGCCCUUCGCACCGGAGCGCCCAUCAGUGUCGAGGUCCGUCUACAGACUCGAAGGAGCGCGCUGUUCCGCGGCGACGAGAGGUUCGUCACGCACUGGACGCCUUUGAAGGAUGAGAAGUCUCAGGUGCACUGGGCUGUCGUCACUUUGGCGCCCGCGAUCGAGUAAUGAUUCAUUGGCGGGGGUGGAAAACAGACCUGAUGAAGUCGUGCUCUCGGACAGCGCUCAUUAAUCUUGUCAGCAUUACGAGUAAAUACCCUUCCUUCCUCUGAGCUAAGGUCAGAGAAACAUACUUGUGCCAAAGUUUGGCUGCCUAGUCCCAUUUAUAGACUGCGUCUCGAAGCGAAUUAAGUUCCCACAUCCAAGUUUUGAUUGACAUAGCCCUUAACGUUGCAGUGUCCAGUCUGUACCUGAGGUCAGGCUGGCGAAUCAUAUGGAUUCCGUGACGUCCCGGCGCAAAUUGACACAAUUAAACUCACGAAUACUGGCUUCUUUUAAUGCUAGGCGGAAAGUGCUGGGACAGACUGACGCGGCCUCGGACCAAUGAUGGCCUGCACUUGGCGGAAAUGAUCUCUUAAUGAAGACUACAACUGCGAUGAUGGGAAAGCCAGUGGUAGAUUGAGUUCACGGACCAAAGCUAAAUGCGCCUCUUAAUAUGGAGCUAUCCGCGUAUCUACACGUAUGUAUCCCGAACAUGAGUCAGAGAGCGCAUUGUCUGCGGGAGGGUAGUAAGAUUGUAAGAGCUAUUAUAUUAGUUGACCCUCACCAAAGAAGUAAGUGAAGUGCCUGGACUCAAGGCAGAAGUAUGAAGCUUGGGGACCUUGAACACAUCAGAUCUCUUGAGGCCACAGAGCCAUGAUGUGGUCCUUGGAAGUCUCUCUUUUGUGCCUCUUCGUUGGCUCACUGCCGAAAGCCACGGUCUUCAAUGUCGAUGGAAGACUAUCUCAGAAACCAUGAACUCGACUGUCUGUCGUAAGUGCACGACGUGAUCUGUUGGACAAUGACGGGCGUCGCUUCUUAUCUCCGUCCCGGACUUCGGAUCCGCUUCAGGCAGAAAUUCGAGCUGACUACGGCGCGAGUCAUUGCUGUGAUGACCUGAAUCUCACGAUGGUAGUACAACAAAAUCAACCCGCGGAUGGGCAUGGUGCCAAGCCUUCGGCCGAUGGUUGGUGCGACUAGGUAAUUAGACAGCUCGCGAC